AAAUGGCUAAAGCGCCUUUAUUUGGGUCCGCCGGCCAUCUCAAUUAACUGACGGAGAUCGAAAUUGGCGCCCCUUUCUCCACAGCCUCGUCCCCUUGUGACCUUCUUCUCACUGUCCAACCUGCAACUACGGAACCCCUAUAAUUUCUCUAAACAAUUCCUACCCAGAUUUGGAAAAGGCAAAAAGAAUUUGUCUUUGUUCAGUUUGCGCCAUGUCUGCGCGCAGAAGAACGUUGCUCAAGGUCAUCGUCCUCGGCGACAGUGGGGUCGGCAAAACCUCAUUGAUGAAUCAAUAUGUGCAUAAGAGGUUCAGCCAUCAGUAUAAAGCCACAAUAGGUGCUGAUUUUGUAACAAAGGAGCUUCAAAUUGAUGAUAGGCUCAUUACACUGCAAAUUUGGGACACGGCUGGGCAAGAGAGAUUCCAGAGUCUCGGCGUUGCAUUUUACAGAGGGGCGGACUGUUGUGUGCAAGUUUAUGAUGUCAAUGUGAUGCGAUCCUUUGACAACCUUGAUACCUGGCAUGAAGAAUUUCUCAAGCAGGCUAAUCCUUCUGACCCAAAGACAUUUCCUUUCAUUUUAUUGGGAAACAAGAUUGAUAUAGAUGGUGGGAAUAGCCGAGUGGUUUCAGAAAAGAAAGCAAAAGAGUGGUGCUCUUCCAAAGGGGACAUACCUUACUAUGAGACAUCUGCCAAGGAGGACAUAAAUGUAGAUGCUGCAUUCUUGUGUAUCGCCAAAACUGCUUUGGCCAACGAGCAUGAACAAGAUAUAUACUUCCAGGGAAUUCCAGAGGCCUCUCCAGAUAGUGAGCAAAGAGGUGGUUGUGCUUGCUGAUUCGGAUGACACUGGUGAACGGAUCUGCCUUUUGGAGGGCGUAGUUUAGGUCUCAAAUCUAUUUAUCGUCGACCUUAUACACUUCCGGUUUGUUACAAUCCAAUUCUUCUCUGCUUACUUUUCAUUUUUUGUAACCAGUUGUCCCAUUGCAACUCGUCCCAAAGCGUUUUUCCCCGUACUUUCAAAUGCCCUGUAGCUCUUCCUUCUAGUAUAGUUUUUUUUUUCAAAAUAAUUAUGAGCCAUGGAAAGACUUCUCUCAUCUAACUAUACCAAUGUUGA